UUGCCGCGCAUGCGCAGCGCUGGGGCUGAGGCUGCGCGGGCGGCUAAGGCGCAUGGCUGCCGGGCUCUGAGUUCUGUAUUUUAGGUAAUGUUAGCUGAUUUACAAGAGAAGAAGCAACCAUGUCAGCUCUUUGUCCACCACCAUCUCCUGCAGUUGCUAAAACAGAGAUCUCUAUGAAUGGAGAAUCGCCUUUAUUAGCUGCCACUUUUGCAUACUGGGACAAUAUCCUUGGCCCCCGAGUGAGGCACAUCUGGGCCCCAAAGACAGAUCAGGUACUUCUCAGUGAUGGUGAAAUAACUUUUCUUGCUAACCACACCCUGAAUGGAGAAAUACUUCGGAACGCAGAAAGUGGUGCAAUAGAUGUGAAGUUCUUUGUCUUGGCAGAGAAAAGGGUAAUUAUUGUGUCGUUAAUCUUUGAUGGAAACUGGAAUGGAGACAGAAGCACAUAUGGACUAUCAAUUAUACUUCCACAAAGUGAGCUUGCCUUCUACCUACCUCUUCACAGAGUGUGCGUGGAUAGGUUAACGCAUAUUAUAAGGAAAGGAAGAAUAUGGAUGCAUAAGGAGAGGCAAGAGCAUUUCCAGAAGAUUGUCUUGGAAGGCACGGAGAGAAUGGAGGAUCAGGGCCAGAGUAUCAUUCCAAUGCUAACAGGAGAAGUUAUUCCUGUAAUGGAGCUCCUUUCAUCUAUGAAAUCACACAGUGUUCCGGAAGAAAUAGAUAUCAGUGACACAGUACUGAAUGAUGAUGACAUUGGGGAUAGCUGUCAUGAAGGCUUUCUUCUCAAUGCAAUUAGCUCACAUCUGCAGACCUGUGGUUGUUCUGUGGUUGUAGGAAGCAGUGCGGAAAAAGUUAAUAAGAUUGUGAGAACAUUGUGCCUGUUCCUUACACCAUCGGAGCGGAAGUGUUCCAGACUCUGUAGAAGUGAGUCUUCUUUCAAGUACGAGUCAGGGCUUUUUGUUCAAGGUUUACUCAAAGAUGCAACAGGAAGUUUUGUGUUGCCCUUCCGUCAAGUAAUGUAUGCUCCAUACCCUACUACACAUAUAGAUGUAGAUGUCAACACAGUGAAGCAGAUGCCCCCCUGUCAUGAACACAUCUACAACCAACGGCGGUAUAUGAGGUCUGAGCUGACAGCAUUUUGGAGAGCUAAUUCAGAUGAAGAAAUGUCUCAAGAUCCUAUUAUCCACACAGAUGAGAGUUUCACACCUGAUUUAAAUGUUUUUCAAGAUAUCCUGCAUCGAGACACAUUUGUAAAAGCCUUCCUGGAUCAGAUCUUUCAUCUGAAACCUGGCUUGUCUCUGAGGAGUACAUUCCUUGCACAGUUUCUGCUAGUCCUUCACAGGAAAGCCUUAACUUUAAUAAAGUACAUAGAGGAUGACACGCAGAAAGGAAAAAAGCCUUUUAAAUCUCUUCAUAGCUUAAAGAUAGAUCUCGACCUAACAGCAGAGGGCGAUCUUAACAUAAUAAUGGCUUUGGCUGAGAAGAUUAAACCUGGUCUACACUCCUUCAUCUUUGGGAGGCCAUUCUACAUCAGCAUGCAAGAGCGUGAUAUGCUAAUGACAUUUUAAAAUUCUCCACAGUUAAUGUGUAAUAUUGCAUGGCACUAAAAGAAAUCUGUCAUCCCGAGCACCAUGCUUGUGACAAUCAUUGAGCUGGUUAACAGCGGGUCAGUAGAAACAGAGUAACACUACAGUCUGUCUGAAGCAGUCUUGUUGAAGGGGAUAUCAACAUAGCAUGAUUUAAAUGAAUGCAUUUUAUUCUGUGUGCUUUUUCAGUAGUAAAAGUAAAUAAGAUCAGAAGUUCCUUUGCUGUGUGGGCUCCCUAGGUAAUUUUGAACAUACACUGGAUAAAGAAACGUGUUUUCAUUUUCUUUCCAUACAAAUAUCUUUCAGGUGUGUCAGUUCAAUGCAAUGAGUUCAAUACAGUAUUUUUAGUGUUUCCAUUAAAAAAACACUGUGUAUGUCCUCUCUAAUUGGGGAGGCUCAGGAGUUUUAAAUAAGAGUUUUUUAAAGCAUUCUUUUAUAUAUGAUACAAUUCUGAGAUAUACCUUCCCAUAUCUCUAUUUAAAAGACAACUGGCUUCUUCAUUACAGCUUUUAAUGGUCAAGGACUUGGUUUUCUGUUUUUAGUUGUUUAGGUUUUUUUGUUUGUUGUGUUUGUUUGUCUGUUUUUUUAAUGUACUCUAGAGCGCUGUUUCUGCAAGCAAUGUGUUGGCUAUUAGCAUAAGUGGUAGCACCCUGCACACUGGAAUUGGGUCAUUAUUUAAGCAGCUUUCUGCAUGUAAAUGCCAACCAGGAUAUUCUGUCACAGGCUGUUGAGCCAUCCGGCUGUUGAGUGUUCGGUGAUCCAGCAUUAUUGAGCUUUUUCAAAGCACAGAGCAGACAACUUUGUGUCAUUCAACAGCAAUUGUCGGUCUUUGUGUCUAAACUGCAGCGGCUGCUUUGUCUGUUGGCAGCUAGAAUGAUAAGAUUCAGAUUAAAGCAUUAGGCCUUUCCAAAGAACAAUAGGGUGAUAGCCACGCUGGAAGAUAAAACUAAUUCUUUGUACACUGCGAUUAAUAUGUUUAUUAAUCCCGAUAAAGAGAUCAGCACAGCUUUCAGCUUGCGUGAUUAGCAUUUUACUAAGUGAAUUCAAGCCAAUAAUCUUUCCAGUCUUCUUAGUUCACAGUCAGCAAAUAUUCAUCUUUGCUUUGCUUGAAAAUAACACAGUUUAGAACUCCAUUAACAGUGAAAGUUGCAGUGUCGAGUUAACCAGACUUAUUCUUUGACAGUGUGGGCAAGUUUGGUCGGUGUGUUAUAUUGAGAGCAGAGAUUAAUCUGCACUGUGUGGUGAUAAAGUUAUUUCUGGACAAAGCAGAAAUGUGUUUGUUUCACAUUUUAGUGUAACCCCAUAGCUCUUUCUUCACUGUAAAGGAGCUACAUGUGUGAUUUGAGAAGGUACUGUUGCCUUGUUAGUUACAAUUGUUUGUAACAUUCCUUCACUAUAACAGAAAUAUGUGCCAUUUUCUGUGAAUAAAAAAUCAGCUGUGCUGUGUUACCUUUGUUACAGUACGUGGCCCUUUUUGUGCUGUACACGUAUGUUGGACUCCUGCAAUAUGAGCUCAGUGUUUUACCCAAAGAACUUGUCAGAAACGUGACUUCAGCUAUGUGUGCUGACAUUCUGUUUGCCUUACUAACACUAUAAUUUCCCCUUGCGUUUUCAGCCAGUUUAUCCAUUAGAAAAGAGGCUGGUUGAUAAGUUUUUACUCUGUUGCCUAAGGUUGUGAUAAAUGAUGUCAUGAACUCUUAUCAAAAUUCUAAUGCAGAAUUUGUGUUUGAGGACUAAAGAGCUUCCAGUGCGCUGCUGAAUUCAAUUACUUCAGCUUCACAGGCAUUGGAAACUUCACAUGGACACCAUUAACAGCAGAACUCUGAUUAUGGAACAUGCUGCCACUUUGAAAUGACUAAAAGCUGGAAACAUAUCAGUUACUACCUUUAUUGCACAACUGUCACUAGUGCAGAAUGUAUAGUGAAGUAAGUUAUUAAAAGCAUCUGCAUGCUGUGUUGUAAAUCUUGCUCAGGAAAAAUACUAUUAAAGUUUAUGCCAAUUUUUUUAUUUUAA